UCAAAUCCGGUUAAAGCGGUUCUUCACGUUGGAGAAGUGUACAGUUUUAGAAUUUGAGGCUGUUUGUACCUCACCUUUUCAGCAAAAAUGGGUGACCACGUUGCCAACUAUACUUCACGACUUCAGCAACAGGAAAGAGAAAUCAAGUUACUCCAAGAUGAAAUAGAGAGACUGAGAGAUCCACAGGAGCUGAACUUCAUGUCUUCACAACUGGAUGAGUUGCAGGAGGAGAAUUCCCGUCUGAAGUAUCGCCUCAACAUUCUGAAAAGAAGUUUAAAGGAGGAGAUGAGCCAAAACGGCAAGGUGAUGUUGAACAUCAACCAGUGUUUGCAGCAGAUCUUUGGGGAGGCCAUCAGUACCGCCUACCCUGGCCUAGAGAACGCUCCACUUACGGUCACCCUUAACCAGCAGGCCAAAUUUGGUGAUUACCAGUGUAAUAGUGCCAUGCCAAUGGCUCAGAUGAUGAAAGCUAAAGGACAGAAGGUCAGCCCCAGGGAGAUAGCAGAGAAAAUUGUCCAAAACAUUCCCAACAAUGAGUUAAUUGAGAGAACAGAAAUUGCAGGGCCAGGGUUUAUCAACGUUCAUCUCAAAAGAAUGUUUGUCUCUAAACUCCUCUCAAACCUGCUUGUGAAUGGAGUGCAGCCUCCAUCUUUGAAGAAGAAAAAGAAGGUUGUUGUGGACUUCUCCUCACCUAACAUUGCCAAAGAGAUGCAUGUGGGUCACCUGCGGUCCACAAUUAUUGGAGACAGCAUGUGUCGACUCUUUGAGUUCCUGGGUAAUGAAGUGCUAAGGUUGAACCAUGUUGGAGACUGGGGGACACAGUUUGGGAUGCUCAUUGCUCAUUUGCAAGACAAGUUCCCAAAUUAUCUCAGUGUUUCCCCACCUAUUGGUGACCUUCAGGCUUUCUACAAAGCGUCGAAGAAAAGGUUUGAUGAGGAUGAGGAGUUUAAGAAGAGGGCCUACCAGUGUGUGGUUAAACUACAGAGCAAAGAGCCAGACUUCAUCAAAGCCUGGAACCUCAUAUGUGAUGUUUCACGCAAUGAGUUUCAAAAGGUCUACAACUGCCUGGAUAUCCGCAUAGAAGAGAGGGGAGAGUCCUACUACCAGGACAUGAUGACAGUUGUGGUAAAAGAGUUUGAGGAAAAAGGUCUGGUGCAGUUAGACGAGGGCAGGAAGAUAGUGUUUGCUCCGGGCCAGUCUAUUCCCCUGACAAUUGUCAAAUCGGAUGGAGGCUACACUUAUGAUACCUCCGAUCUAGCUGCCAUCAAAAACAGGCUGUUUGAUGAGAAAGCUGACAUCAUCAUCUAUGUGACCGACAGUGGCCAGGUGUGUGGGUAUGUCACAGAGAGUGUUGGUGAAAUCUUGAACAGACUCCAUAGCACAAACCUUCCCACAGUUAUAUGUAUGAGGACACAUGCAGCAGGUGUCAAGGGCACUGAGCAAGAUGGAGAAACACCCCAGAAUUCAAACAUCUGUAUGUUUAUAAAUAUAUGCAAUAGAUUCCUCAUCUCAAAUAUUAAUGCUGGUCUAGGUCUGCUAACGUCUCUGUUAACACAGUUUAGUUUACAAUUCUGCUCUGUUUACACAGAAGAAAGACAUUUUCGAUUUUCUAUGGCUAAAAUUGAAUUAAGGAUUUAUGAUGAAGAUCUUGAUCCAAACUGUGCAGAACUUUUUUGUUUAUUCUGAGAAUUAUUUGUAUUGAUGUU